AUGCCUCUCGGAAUUCACAACCCGUUGCCUUCAUCUUUAGGGAGCGAGUGUAGAAAGGCAGGCAAAAUCCUCACCUCCUUUAUCGAUCCACGACAAGCGUUUGGGCCUGAUAAAGUCAUUCCUCCGGAAAUUCUGGCAGGUGCUAAGGGCCUUGCCAUCCUCACUGUCCUGAAAGCUGGAUUCUUAGGCUCAGCCCGAUUUGGUUCUGGUGUCGUUGUCGCUCGACUUGCUGACGGGACUUGGUCUGCUCCGUCAGCCAUUGCAACCGCUGGUGCUGGAUUUGGAGGCCAGAUUGGGUUUGAGUUAACAGAUUUCGUCUUCAUCCUAAAUGAUGCCGCCGCCGUUCGGACCUUUUCACAGGUCGGAACUCUGACGCUCGGUGGAAACGUUUCGAUUGCUGCUGGACCGGUUGGACGAAACGCAGAGGCUGCUGGUGCGGCGAGUACGAAGGGUGUGGCAGCGGUGUUUUCAUACUCGAAGACAAAGGGUCUCUUUGCUGGUGUCAGCUUGGAGGGAAGCAUGCUGGUGGAACGUAAAGACGCGAAUGAAAAGAUGUACAACAGUCGGGUGUCGGCACGUCAGCUCCUCAGCGGGACUAUUCGACCUCCGCCGGGCGCAGAACCUCUUCUGAGUGUGCUGAAUUCGCGUGCCUUCUAUGGCAAUUCUCGGUCGGGCGGAGCGAUGUAUAAUGACAUUCCUGUCUACGAUGAUAGUCAUGAUGAUGUGGUAUGGGAGGGCCGCCGGGGCGACGCGUACGGUGAAGGAGUAAGGCGCGAUCGCACUGGGGUCAGUGGCUCGGGCUCAGAUGAGUUCAGAGACCGACCACGCCGUGCAAACACAUGGGCGGACGAUAUCUACGACCGACCUGCUGGAGGGCUGAGUCGUUCCUCCACUACUCGGUACAGCGGUCGCACCGACACAUCAGACUCAUUCACCCGCAGCCGGAGCAAUACUGCCCCGAUAGAGGAAGACUACGUCUACUCAGACCGCAAGCCCAGCCGGCCCACGGCUCCUAAACCAGUCUUUGGCCAGCGGACGGGGGCGGCUCCUGCUUUACGCCAGGAUCAGGCCAUUGCGCUGUACGCGUUUGACGCGGACCAGGAAGGUGACUUGGGUUUCAAGAAAGGCGACAUCAUCACCAUUCUCAAAAGGACUGAGAAGAAGGAGGACUGGUGGACUGGACGGAUUGGAGACCGGGUCGGCAUUUUCCCAAGUAAUUAUGUCGACACUGCCUAGAAGUCUCCUCACCCUAGAUUGACUCACGCGGAAUGAUCUUUGACGACGCAAGUACCUUUUACGCUUUGUUCCUCUUACGGACGUUUCUCUGUUCUUCAUGUCUGAUUUUCAGCCCGCAAGCCAUCUUUCAGGACACACCCCUCCAGUUUUUGUUCCAGAGAUUCUUUUUCGGCUUUCCUGUGUAAGUGCCGGAGUUGCCAGUUGGAUUGACCAGCGGAUAAGUGACAA